GGAGUCACUAUCAUUUACAGGGCAAUCUUUACACCAAAAAAGAAAAAGUACUAAAAAGUUCAUUUUGAUUUUCUGAAUGGAGUUGCUAACAUCCUCAAAACAUCUGGAGUUCCUCUCGUUCCAGACUGACCACCAAAUGUAGGCUGGGAUCUUCUGCCACCAUUUCUUCUGUCUGACUCCACCUGUCACACCAGCCCAACAUCUCAAGAGGUCGGAUGUAUCUUUUGGCAUGACCCAGUUCAUUCUGACAAUACUUAGAAACAUGUGCCACAGUUGAGAGGUAACAACACAGUGAAGAAACAGGUGGGAGUUGUCUUCUGCUUCCCUUCCACAGAGAUAGCAUCUGGAGGCUACUCCUGAUAUGGCAGUAACCCUUCUAGAGAUAGCAAGAAUUUUUGCCACCAAAGUUCCUGGAAAGAUAGAUGCAGAUGUGCUACAACUGCUAUGGAAAACUUGUCUAGUUGGAGCUGGUCCUGAUGGAAAACACACUGCAUUGGAAGCAGUCACUAUAGUUCUGGAUUUGCCUCCUCCACAACCUGGCUCACUGUCUGGACUUACCUCAGUUGAUAGCGUAUCUGCCUCCGAUCCAAAAUCAGCCCUGGCAUUGCAGAGAAUGGUCCAAGCAGCAGUCUGGUUCCUUGGAGAAAAUGCAAAUUAUGCUGCCUCUGAGUAUGCUUGGGAGUCAGCUACCCCUCCAGGCACAGCAUUGAUGAUGUUAGAUGCAGAUAAAAUGGUUGCUGCUGCCAGUUCUCGUAAUCCUACUCUCUCUGGUGCUCUGACUCGACUUCAACGGUGUGCUUUUAAUGGUAGCUGGGAGGUAGAAGUUUUAAGCUCUUUAAUCGUUCCUUUUGCGAACAAAUUUUUUGGCAAGCUUUGAUUUAUUUCAUACAUG